AUGCUGGAAAGCGGCAAACAGAUUUAUCCACUAUCUAUCUAUCUAUCUAUCUAUCUAUCUAUCUAUCUAUCUAUCUAUCUAUCUCAGUGUGUUCAUUAUCUAUCUAUCUAUCUAUCUAUCUAUCUAUCUAUCUAUCUCAGUGUGUUCAUUAUCUAUCUAUCUCAGUGUGUUCAUUAUCUAUCUAUCUAUCUAUCUAUCUAUCUAUCUCAAUGUGUUCAUUAUCUAUCUAUCUAUCUAUCUAUCUAUCUAUCUAUCUAUCUCAAUGUGUUCAUUAUCUAUCUCAGUCUGUUCAUUUUCUAUCUAUCUAUCUAUCUAUCUAUCUAUCUAUCUAUCUAUCUAUCUAUCUAUCUAUCUCAGUGUGUUCAUUACCUCAGUGUGUUCAUUAUCUCUGUGUGUUCCUUAUCUAUCUAUCUAUCUAUCUAUCUAUCUAUCUAUCUAUCUAUCUAUCCACAAUCUUUUAGAUACACGAGUACACUUUCUUUCUCUCUCUCUCUCUCUCUCUCUCUCUCUUUCUUUCUUUCUUUCUUUCUUUCUUUCUUGUUUGUUUUUCCACCAAUUCUUUAUCUAUGUAUGUAUGUAUGUAUGUAUGUAUGUAUGUAUGUAUGUAUGUAUCUAUCUAUCUAUCUCUCUAUCUAUCUAUCUAUCUUAGUAUAUUUAAAUCUAUCGUAUUCAGAGCUAUCUAUUUAUCUAUCGGAUCCAAAUCUAUCUAUCUAUCUAUCUAUCUAUCUAUCAUAG